CUGUGCAUAUGCAGCCAUCCAUCAUCUGACUGGUCUCGGCUAGACCACCAAAGCGCCCGGGCUCCUGAGAUCUGUGGCCUACGUGGGAGAUCUAUCUCCUUCAACGUCGGUUUCGACAGACGCUGACAUCUGGCUUUAAAUAAAUGUUGGUGCCGCCAAGACAUGGCACAGCCGCGGAAACAGCGUGGCCCAAGGAUGUGGAUGGAGCAAAGCGUCUCCUUUAUAUAUGUUGCCACAUCCCAGCUCUGGCGACACCACGGAGCUUGGCUCUUGGUGGUCUGAACUGUGAGACUCUCGGGUUUGUGAUGACAGCCGCCACGAUUUUCUGAUGCGGGAAAUGUUGCCCCAUGGCGACGCUGUAUUGGACGAUUUGGCCAUCUGGUCACGCCAAGGUUCUGAUCAAAGCGUCCACCCCGCAGCAUCUCGACUUUGUCCGGUGCGGAUGUUGUUCUCAUCUUUGAGCUGCGGGCAAUUACACAAAAGUCAAAGCAAGAAUCAAACAAGCCGCCGGCGAUGGCCCCAACAAUAUCGGAUCCCUGCUGCGGCCUGGUUUUAUUACAAGCUGGAUAGGGUGCGCAAAGCUCCGGCGCCGCAGCCAAACAGGCAAACUUUGAUCCGGUGAUAACCAAUGAUGGCGGCCAGUCGCGGCAAUGAGCGCAAAAUAAGGUGUCCGAUGCAGCCGUGGGAACGGACGAGAGAGGAUCGCGAUCACCGUCGCAAUAUAUAACCGACGGUCUGGGUCUUCCUGACACCCCAGACAAAUAGAGAGGGGAGCCCGUUGUGUCUUGGAUACCAUCUCGUCGAACGAUUGCCACCACCGCCCUUUAAAAGCAAGGGUCCAGGACGGCGCUCCAGAACGGCGAGCCCUUAUCUCCGUCUGCCCUCCGCUGGAAGAUGCCCACAACACCGGUUGUUUGGCCAGCUUCUGCCGGGCCUGGAGGCAACAGAUAUCUUUGAGGAUAUCGCUCUGCAGUCUACGAACCCAGGAGCCGGCGUCAAGCUCCUAGCGAUCGGAAUCUCGACCGAACCGGCAGCCUGCACAUCUCCGCCAAGGACGAGGCUAGGAACGCGAGUGGCAUAAGAGAUGGGACAUGGGGACGCCGGCCAGUUUAGUUGGGUGCACGAGAUCUUGGGGAUGGAUACCAGCGGGGCCAAGAUCAACGCCGUGAACUGGAUCAUGUUCACUCUUGCGUCUGUCGCCUUGGGGCUUCGCAUCUGCUCCAAGCUUGCGCGGACAAAACGGCUGUGGUGGGAUGACCAUGUGCUGAUGGCGUCAUGGGGUUGCUUGAUGGCGAGCACAAUCCUUCAUUCCUACAACACCACGCUUGGGCUGGGCAGACACGCCACCGAGGUGUCAAAGGACGACGCCUCGACCAUCGUCUUCAACGUGGGCCUCGCCGAGACCUUCAGCAACCUCGCGGUCGUGUGGAGCCAGACCUCGUUCUCGCUCACCCUCGUGCGGCUCACCCGCGACCUCAAGCGGUCGGUGCUAUGGGCCGUCACGAUCCCCCUGAAUUUGUACAUGUACUUCCUCGCCGCCCUCUUCUGGACCCAGUGCAACCCCGCGGCCAAGGCGUGGCGGCCGGAGCUCCAAGGCAGUUGUCUGCCCACGGCGUCCAUCGAGCUGAUGUAUCUGGUCGGGACAAGCUACCUGGUUUUCGGCCAAUUUGUGCUAGCCCUCAUGCCCUGGGUCAUCAUCAUGAACCUCCAAGGAAUGGGAUUGAAAGAGAAGGUGACGGUUUCCCUGUGCAUGAGCCUAUCCAUCUUCUCCGGCAUCACAGCAAUAAUCAGGAUCAUGGCGUUUAGGCUCGUGGACCGGCAAGACUUUUUCUACUCGGUCGCGGACGAGGUCAUGUGGACCCAGAUCGAGAUAUCGGCCACCAUAGUCGCGGCCUCGGUUCCCGUCCUCCGCGCCCUCUGCGUUGAGAUCACGGAGCGGAUCCGGGUGGGCCGCACGCGCACCUUUGCCGACGACCCCGAGGCCGGGCACUCCCGCGCCGCCGGCCCGCCGAGCGAUGCCGCCGCACGAGCCGACAGGCCAAGGCGCCUGCCCGCGCGGCCCAAGCACGCAUACGUCGCCUCCCUGGAGGGCAUGUCCGGGGAAGGCACAGGACCCCACCGCCGGCCCCUGCCCACUUGCAUGGCGAGGUCGGAUCUUGGUAGGAUUAAGAAGAUAUUAUGGCCUGAGAAUGAGGCCGAGGGAGAGCAGAUCGAGCUGUGCCGGACGCUGUCGGAACCGCCAAGGUGUUGGUGAGCCAAGCGCCGCAUAGAGAUGACGCGCUUUCUAGUAGGACCAGUCGGUUGUUCAGGGAUGGAUGAAUUUGAGAAGUCCACAUCGAUACAAAUUUUGCCAGUACAGCAGCUUAAUUUAUACACACCACCCACAUAUUCUCCCA